UGACGUGCAAUCUGCUGGUUUUGUUUGUUCCUGUUCCGGAAACCAAGCAUUCAACCAUUGCAAUGGCUCGGCACGCCCAUGCACCUGUACCAACCGUGGCACCUGAGACAAGUAUGGUCCAGCCCAAUGCCGAUCGCAAUGCGGACACUGUCAACAUAUGCCUCAACAUUCGGUUGAACGUCAGCUACCCUACCAACAUCUACGACCUAAGAAUACCCUAUGUGGCUUUUGUGUCUGUUUUAGUUUGUCUCUUUGUGGCUGUUGCCGUGUACCAGACAGUCAUGAAAGCCCUAAUGAUAGUCCUAGUCGUGGUCGCCAUGGUAACGUUUUCAACGCUUUUAUACAUGAUAUAUGAAUACAUGAACAACAAAGUCAAACUCACUACACAGUACAAUAUCGCCAAGUACAUCACAGAGGGGCAGCUGAGACAAGACCAGAGUAGUGAAAUUCAAGGAGCAGCGUCAGUAGUGAACAUUGGCAAUAUAGACUCAGAAAUUUCUCGUCGGCAAGAAGAAACACUUCAGAGGCAUACCGAAACUGGUACCAAUGAACAGGAUGACAAAGAAAGUAAAGGUUCAACUGAUGUGUCACCGUCCAAUGUAGUCAACAAUGUUCCAGUAACCAUAACUAGAGUUGAGGAUGACUCGUCACCUGAAGAAGAUGACUUAACAACUGACAACCCCUUCCCUGAUAGAGCUCAGUUGACCCCUUGGCCACUUUAUAGAUCACCACAAUUCCACCUACAGCAAACGCAAAGGAUUUCACAAAGCCAAAUGCAACCAAGUAUCGUCAUGCCAGUAUCACAAUUACGGGAAACACCACGACAAGGAGAAUUUCAGCAAAAUAACUUUAUAUCACAAUUUAUCCAACAAUUGGCGGAAAUAGAAUGGAGCGACCCAACAUUUGGAUUCCUGUCCGGUCGCGAUAGUCGCGCUGUCGUCAGGGCAAGUCAUUCUACCGGAAGCGGAAGCAUGGUUGUACGCCGUCGUGCCUUGGCCGGAGCGGGUGUGCCGUAUCUUAACCAAGACGUGAUGAAGCCGUAUUUCAACUUCAUCGCGGAUAAGAUGCCUGCAGACUGGAAACAACUGGCCACGAAUCUUGACUUGCCCUUUGCGCAGGUUCUUGCUGUGAAUGACAGGCACCGGGACUGUUGGAUGUGUUGCCAUCAGGUUAUGGAAAUGUGGCGCAGCAACAACGGCGCACAAGCAACGGUGGAUGACUUGAUACAGGCCGUUAGGGACACCGGUAAACAGGAUGUUGCAGAAGAGCUGGAAUCUAUGCAGUUAGAUUAAAGCUGUCGAGCCUGGGAACCAUCCGGAAAGUAGUUUGCCCAGUCCUGCGUUCAUUAUACACUUUAUAUAGUCGCUUCUGAGAGCUUGAAACCAUUGUUCUUACUGUUCAAACUUGUCUUUAUUUUUCCUAGUUUAUACUGCCAAUAUAUUGUCUGUAGUGAAACUCGUAAUGUAAUUAAAUCGAGGCAAAGAAUUUGGUUUUGCUUCCAGUCAUGAUCAGUUGCCUUUAGUUGUUCUACAUGUAUAUAACAGGAAUGAAAUAUAGAUAGGAAAGAGUGAAAUUGAAAUCAAAUAACAAUAAAUAUGAUAAUAAAAUGCAGAACCCAAUAAAUGAUGAUGCCUGUGAUAUUCACAAAGAGCCCCAUUUACGACACGGUGGCCUUGCAUUUCAAACAGAUUUUGAUUAAAAACCAGCAUGUUAAUUCAGCAGUUUGCGCUGCAUGCUACGAGGCUUGUACGUAUACCUUUGCUGACGUUUACAUACUUAUCUAGAAGCACAUAAACAUUUCCUUUACAUGUAUGAUGACUAAAUGACUAAAAUUAAGAAUCAUCUGCACUAAUAUACAUUUCCUAGUACUGUAUUUUUCAAGCAGAGGUUUUUGCAUGUUGGGGGAUAGUAGUUGUCGGGUUUUCUGACGACUGCCUCUUGGUCACUACUAACACACCCUCCCCGACCGAAACCUUUGC